AUGAUGAGCCUUUAUUUUCUCUGUGGCAAUUGUGCUUUCAUUAUUUUCAAUUCUCUGCUUGUAUUGAUAUCCAAAGAUGGAUUUCUGUGCAAGACUCCAGCCGUAUCUGACAUUGUGAUCCUGGUGGACGGCUCAUGGAGCAUCGGUCGCAUCAACUUCCGGCUGGUUCGGACCUUCCUGGAAAACCUGGUCAGGGCCUUCUCUGUGGAAUAUGACAAGACAAGGAUUGGCCUGGCCCAGUACAGUGGAGACCCCAGGAUUGAAUGGCAUCUGAAUGCUCACACCACCAAAGAAUCUGUAAUAGAGGCUGUAAAAAACCUGCCAUACAAAGGGGGAAACACACUGACAGGCCUGGCUUUGACCUUCAUCCUGGAGAACAGCUUCAAAGUGGAGUCCGGGUCCAGGCCUGGUGUUCCGAAGAUUGGGAUCCUGAUCACCGAUGGGAAGUCCCAGGAUGAUGUGAUCCCCCCUGCGCAGAGCCUGAAAGAUGCUGGGAUAGAACUGUUUGCCAUCGGUGUGAAAAAUGCUGAUGAGAAUGAGCUGAAGGCCAUCGCCUCUCCCCCUGAGAAAACUCACGUCUACAACGUGGCAGACUUCAGUGUGAUGAGCGACAUUGUGGAGGGGCUCACGAAGACCAUCUGCGACCGCGUGGAUGAGCUCGACAAGGAAAUUAAAGGCGAUGGCAAACCCGCCCCUGCUCCCGCCGCCCUGGCCCCACCUCGCGACCUCGUGAUCUCUGAGAUUACGGCUCGCAGCUUCCGGGUCACAUGGACCCACGCGGAGGGUCAGGUCAACAAAUACCGGGUGGUCUAUUACCCGGCCAGCGGAGGACAGCCAGAAGAAAAAAUGGUCCAGGGGACGGAGAACAGCGUGGAGCUGACCUACCUGAACUCUCUGACCGAAUACCAAGUGGCCGUUUUCGCCGUCUACAGGAGUUCUGCCAGUGAGGCUCUGAGAGGAAGCGCCACCACAUUGGCUCUGCCGACAGUCAACGACCUGGAGUUGUUCGAUAUCACUCACAGCACCAUGAGGGUUCGCUGGAAGACCGCCGUGGGCGCGUCAGGGUACAUGAUCCUGUACGCUCCGCUCACUGAGGGCGACCUGGCUGAUGAGAAGGAGGUGAAGGUGGCGGCCUCCGUGAAUGAGGUGGAGCUGGAGGGAUUGACUCCAGCCACUGAGUACACGGUAACAGUUUACGCCAUGUACGGGGAGGAGGCCAGUGACCCCAUGACCAGCCAGCAGACCACACUGCCGCUGAUUCCAGCGAGGAACCUGCGCUUCUCCGACGUGGAUCACAGCUCGGCCCGCCUCACGUGGGACGCCGCCUCCAGGCUGGUCAGAGGUUACCGCAUCAUGUACGUCAAGACCAGCGGAGUCCAGACCAAUGAGGUGAGCGUGUCUUAUCAGGCUCAGAGGUCAGCAGAACCUUUAGUGGGCAGUCCAAAAACCAGCCUUUGUGUGGGUCUGCGCCCGCAGGUGGAUGUCGGUGCAGUGACCACGUAUUUGCUAAAAAACCUCACCUCCCUGACGGAGUACACGGUCGGUGUCUUCGCCAUCUACGAUGAAGGGCAGGCUGAGGCGGUGACGGAGAGCUUUACCACAAAGACGGUGCCGGACCCGGUGGAUCUGAAGAGCACUGAUGUAUCCACAGACAGCUUUCGGGUGUAUUGGGGGCACCCGGCCUCUGACGUGGUGCUGUAUCGACUCACCUGGACGCCCACAGACGGAGGAGACAGCGAGGAGGUCUUGGUGAAUGGCAACGUGAACACAUACCUGAUCACAGGGCUAACGCCAUCCUCAGAGUAUGAAGUCCUCCUGGCUGCCAUCUAUGCAAACGAGGUUGAGAGUGAGGAAGAGGUCCUCAUAGAAACCACCGCUAAAAGAACCACUACUGUUGCUACAACGACAACAACGACCGCAACUCCUCGUUAUGGGGUGAAGAAUAUGAGGAUUGAUGAAGAAACCACAUUUAGUUUGCGGGUCUCCUGGCAGCCAGCUGACUCCAGAAACAUCAGACAUUAUCGACUGAACUACGUCAGCGUUCGGGGAGACCGAGCGGAGGAGACGAGGACUGUGCCCACUGGUCAGAAUAGCCUGGUUCUGCAGCCCCUCCUGUCAGACACAGAGUACAAGGUCACCAUCACUCCUGUUUAUUCAGAGGGAGAUGGACCCACAGCCUCACAAGUGGGGCAGACACUUCCUCUUUCCGCCCCUAAAAACCUGCGAGUCUCAGAGGAGUGGUACAACCGCUUCAGGAUCAGCUGGGAUGUCCCCCCCUCACCCACCAUGGGGUACAGGGUUGUGUACCAGCCUCUUUCUGCCCCUGGAUCAGCUCUGGAGACCUUUGUCGGGGAGGACGUGAACACCAUUCUGAUUGUCAACCUGCUGAGCGGAACAGAGUACAGCGUCAAAGUCAUCGCAUCCUACACCACCGGCUCCAGCGAGGCCCUCUCAGGAAGGGCAAAGACAUUGUAUCUCGGGGUGACCAACCUGAGCACGUACCAGGUGAGGAUGACGAGUGUGUGUGCGCAGUGGCAGCCUCACCAGCACGCCAGCGCCUACAGAGUGGCCAUUCAGUCAGUCGCCCGCAGUCACAAACAGGAGACCAAGGUGGCUGGAGGAUCCGACAGGCACUGUUUCAACAACCUGAAGCCCAACACGGAGUAUAAGAUCAGUGUGUAUGCUCAGCUGCGGGACGGCACUGAAGGUCCCGCAGUCACCGCCACUGUGAAGACACAGCCGAUCCCAACCCCAGCGCCGACCAGGCCUCCCACCACCACCCCGAUACCCACAAUCCCCUCUGCUAAAGAAGUUUGCAAAGCAGCCAAAGCAGACCUGGCCUUCCUGGUCGAUGGCUCCUGGAGCAUCGGUGAUGAAAACUUCCUGAAGAUCAUCCGUUUCUUGUACAGCACUGUCGGAGCUCUCGACCGGAUUGGACCAGACGGCACUCAGGUGGCUAUUUCCCAGUUCAGUGAUGACGCUCGGACUGAGUUCAAACUGAACUCGUACAGCAACAAGGAGCAUCUGUUGGAUGCCAUCAACAAAAUCUCCUACAAGGGAGGAAACACCAAGACGGGUCGAGCCAUCCAGCAUGUGAAGGAGAACAUCUUCACCACAGAGGGGGGAAUGAGGAGGGGGAUCCCCAACGUCCUUGUGGUUCUUACAGAUGGACGCUCCCAAGAUGAUGUCAAUAAAGUUUCCAAAGAGAUGCAGAUGGAAGGUUACAUCGUGUUUGCGAUUGGCUUCGCCGAUGCUGAUUACGGGGAGCUGGUGAGCAUCGCCAGCAAGCCCAGCGACCGCCACGUUUUCUUCGUGGACGACCUGGACGCCUUCCAGAAGAUCGAAGAGAAGCUGGUGACCUUCGUGUGCGAGGCGGCUACUGCCACCUGUCCGUCCAUACCGAUGAGUGGCAGCACAACCCCAGGUUUCCGUAUGAUGGAGCUGUUCGGGCUUGUGGAGAACCGAUACAACAGCAUCUCAGGCGUUUCAAUGGUUCCUGGAACCUUUAAUGCUUUUCCCUGUUUCCACCUGCACAACAACGCACUGCUGGCUCAACCAACCAGGUACAUCCACCCUGAGGGACUCCCGUCUGACUACACCAUCACUCUGCUGUUCAGACUGCUGCCCGAUACUCCCGAGGAGCCCUUUGCUCUGUGGGAGAUCCUCAACCAGAACAACGAGCCGCUGGUCGGAGUCAUCCUGGACAAUGGAGGCAAAACUCUGACAUUCUUCAACAAUGACUACAAAGGAGAGUUUCAGACAGUCACCUUCGAGGGGCCGGAAGUAAAGAAGCUCUUCUACAGCAGCUUCCAUAAGCUUCAUAUGGUGAUAAGCAAGACAAGCGCCAAAGUGUUCAUUGACUGCAAAAUGGUGGCAGAGAAAACCAUCAACGCAGCGGGAAACAUCACCAACGAUGGAGUGGAAGUUCUGGGCCGGAUGGUUCGCUCCAGAGGGAACAAGGACAACUCGGCUCCGUUUCAGCUCCAGAACUUCGACAUCAUCUGCAGCACAUCCUGGGCCAACAGGGACAAGUGCUGCGAACUUCCCGGUCUGAGGAAGGAGGUGGACUGCCCCGCCUUGCCCAAAGCCUGCACCUGCACGCAGGACAGCAAAGGCCCCGCUGGCCCUCCAGGAAAUCCAGGAGGGCCUGGGAUCCGCGGGGCCAGAGGUGAUCGUGGAGAGCCGGGCCCCGUGGGGCCAGCCGGUCCUGUGGGAGACACAGGGGUGCCAGGACUCCAGGGCCCCCCCGGGCCGCAGGGGCCGAGUGGACGCUCCAUCAUCGGACCGCUGGGCUCUCCGGGAGAGCGGGGCCAGAAAGGGGAUGCUGGACAACAAGGACCACAGGGAGCUGCUGGAAGACCUGGUGUACAAGGGAGGGAAGGACCUCCAGGACCCAGAGGACUUCCAGGAAAGGAUGGCCCCGCGGGGAGACAGGGCCCCCCCGGCACAAUGGGGACUCCAGGAGCUCCAGGUUCCCCGGGGAGCACAGGCCCCCCAGGAAAACAGGGAGAGCUGGGACCACCAGGUCCUGCUGGAGGCAAGGGGGAAAAGGGGGAACGGGGGGACCUCCAGUCAACGGCCUCAGUUCAGGACAUUGCCAGGCAGGUCUGUGAGCAGCUGAUCCAAAGUCACAUGGCGCGAUACAACUCAAUCCUGAACCAGGUGCCCAGUCCACCCGUGUCUGUACGCACAGUGCCUGGACCCCCGGGAGAGCCUGGCCGGCAAGGACCUCCAGGGCCCCAAGGAGAACAGGGACCACCAGGAAGACCAGGCUUCCCAGGACAGGGCGGGCAGAAUGGAAAUCCAGGAGAGAGAGGUCAACCAGGAGAGAAGGGUGAGAAGGGACUUUCUGGAGUUGGUGUCCAAGGUCCAAGAGGACCUCCAGGACCUCCUGGUAUUCGAGGACAAGGCAGACCAGGCAACCAGGGUCCGUCAGGACGACCUGGAAAUCCAGGAUCUCCUGGUCGGCCUGGAGUUCCAGGACCUGUAGGCCCUCCAGGGCCUCCGGGAUACUGUGACCAGAACUCCUGUGUGGGCUACAAUGUUGGAGUCCAACUGCCGUCCAACGUCUUCCAAAACUACGGCGAGGUGGAGGAGGACGACCCCUACCGCUACUACCAGCCCAACUACCCGCCCCCGCAGCCCGUGUCCCCCGAUGACCCCGCGCUGGCGCUGGACGACCUGGAGCUGAGGUCUCCCGGUGUGCACCGAAGCGCCCGCAGCGUAGCCGCGGAAGGAGAGGAAGUUGGGUCUAAGAGGAGGCUAACGCGAGGUGGGAAGGUGCUGCCCGGACUAACUAACUGA